AUGUCCGGUAAAUCAAUAGUUAUUGUCGGAGGAGGGCCAGCAGGUUACACCACCGCUCUCCAGCUCGCCACCAAACUCUCUCUUGCGCCUCCUUCACAGCGCCACAGCAUAACCCUCAUCGACGCCCGUCCUUACUCCAUCUAUCUUCCCGCCGCCGCACGGUUCACUACAACUUCAGAAGGUCACCUCGAAGAUACCGCGCUUCUGCCCUACGACCCACUUUUCUCCAAAGCGACCAAAAGCGAUGGUGUAGAUGGGAAAGUCAAGCUCGGGAGGGUUACGAGGAUCGAGCAGGGCGAUGGGAAGGGAACGGAAGGAGGAGAGGUGGUGUUGGAGAGUGGGGAGAGGGUGAAGUACGAUGUGUUGGUGCUUUCGCCGGGGUGUUCUUGGGCGGGACCGUUGGACUUCCCUGAUUCGGAGGAAGGCGUGAAAGCGCAUAUCGGGGCGUGGAGGAAGAAAUUCGAGGCGGCGAAGGGGGUUAUACUUGUCGGGGGAGGUUCAGUCGGAAUCGAAUACGCUGGCGAGCUGAAAGACUUCUUCCCAGACAAGAAAGUCACGAUCGCCCAUAACAGCUCUAUGUUACUCAACCCAACCUAUUCCGAUAAGGGUCGUCGCCAAAUUGAACGGGACUUGCGUGUUCGUGGCGUCGACAUCAUCUUUGACGACCGUGUGGACGACGUUGAUACAUCCGGCAACACGUCCGGAACUGUCAAGACGCGCGCAGGGAAGGUCGUCGAAGGCGACCUUAUCGUUCCUACGUACGGUGCCCGUCCUGCUACAUCAUUCGUCGCUUCCCUAGGCUCAGAUAUCCUCAACUCGUUCGGCCAAAUCAAAGUUAACGCUAAUCUCCGCCUGCCUUCGUUCGCUAACAUAUUCGCUCUGGGAGACGCGAUUGAUUGGAAUGAGCAGAAGCAGAUGGCGAAGUAUGCUGCACACUCAGACGUCGUAGCUGCCAACGUCCUCGAUUACCUCGACAACAAGGCACCAUCGAAACAGUACAAGGGCAGCAGAGAACUAAUCGUCAUCACAAAUGGACGAAACGGAGGCAUGGGCUCAUUCACCCUCUUCUUCGGCUGGCGCCUCGUCCUUGGAGCGUGGUUCGCAAGCCUCGUCAAGUCGAGGACGUUGAUGAUCAGCAUAGUCAGGAAGCGGUGGGGACUUGACGCGAAGUGA